AUGGCAACAUGGCCUAUGGCACAGCAAUUGGCAGUGCCUGAUCCGGAUUACCACAGACGUAAUAAGACUCCAAGACCUGUUUCGGAAUCCGAAAAAGCGCGAUUGAAAGAAUUUAUCGACUUAAUUCAUUAUUCCUCCAGGUAUUCAGACAAUGAAUACGAGUAUAGACAUGUUCUCCUACCAAAGAAUAUGCUAAAGCAAAUACCGAAAGAGUAUCAUGACUCGCAGAAAGGCACACUUAAGCUUCUUUGGGAACAGGAGUGGAGGGCGUUGGGAAUUACUCAGAGUCUUGGAUGGGAACACUAUGAAGUUCACGAGCCCGAGCCACACAUACUUCUUUUCAAGAGGCCAAUCAAUUAUGUUCCACCUGAUCAAUAG